UGUAAACAUUGCAUCGUAGACGAUAAAUUAUUUCUCUAAACUGCCAAAAAACAUAUGUUAUCAAGUGGUCAAAUUAAAGGAGCAGUGCAUACCAUCCUUCCCUGGUGUUUAGGAAGUUCUCGUGGGAGAAAAACGCAAGGGAGUCCACGAUAAACGGAAACGAAUCUGCUUACCAAACGAAACGGCAACGAAGUGGCGAACUUCAGCGGAACAGGUUUAGGUGGAAAAAUGCGUCGCUCGCAGGGCCACAAUUACCAGCCGGUUCCGCAACAGCCUGGCCCAAGCAACGCUAGCCAUGACGCACUGGAGGAAGAAAACGAGCGGAUGGCCGAAGAGUUGAAGGGUAAAAUCGGAGCCCUUAAAUCGCUAACGAUCGACAUCGGGAACGAAGUACGGUACCAGGAUCGUCUUCUGCGUGGCAUCGACGAGGAUAUGGAUCGGACUGGAGGCUUCAUGUCGAACACUAUCAAUCGAGUCGUACGGCUGGGCAAGGGAGGCCACCGGAACUACAUGUGCUACAUGUUCCUGUUCGUAAUGGCCGUGUUUUUUGUGUUAUUCCUCAUACUGAAGCUGCGAUAAUAGUGAAAUCAAUUUAUGUAUUUUUUGUUUUUCUUCCUGUAUUUACAAACCAACCAACGCGAUUUAUACAUGAUCUAUAAAGUCUUUAAAACUAUGUUACGAGAAAAACGUAUUUCAAAUUAUAA